AUGUGGCUCAGGGUUUUUACUGCUUUCCUCUCCUUUGUGACAGGUGUUUGCUCGGGGCUGAAGGUGGUGGUGCCAUCACACACCGUCCAUGGCACCCGGGGUCAGGCCCUCUACCUCCCCGUGCACUACGGAUUCCACACUCCAGCCUCAGACAUCCAGAUCAUAUGGCUGUUUGAAAGACACCACAUGAUGCCCAAGUACUUACUGGGCUCUGUGAACAAGUCUGUGGUUCCCGACUUGGAAUACCAACACAAGUUCACCAUGAUGCCGCCCAACGCAUCUCUGCUCAUCAACCCGCUGCAGUUCACUGAUGAAGGCAAUUACAUUGUGAAGGUCAACAUUCAGGGCAAUGGAACUCUAUCCGCUAGUGAGAAGAUACAAGUCACUGUUGAUGACCCUGUCACAAAGCCAGUGGUGCAGAUUCAGCCUUCCUCAGGGGCUGUGGAGUAUGUAGGAAACAUAACCCUGACAUGCUUCGUGGAAGGUGGCACCCGACCAGUUUACCAGUGGCUAAAAAAUAGGAGACCUGUCCACAUCAGCUCCACCAACUCUUUUUCUCCCCAAAACAACAUCCUUCAUAUUGCUCCAGUGACCAAAGAAGACAUUGGGAAUUACAGUUGCCUGGUGAAGAAUCACGUCAGUCAGAUGGAAAGUGACAUCAUUAUGCCCACCAUAUACUAUGGACCUUAUGGACUUCAAGUUAAUUCUGACAAAGGCCUAAAAGUGGGGGAAGUAUUUACUGUUGACAUUGGAGAAGCCAUCUUGUUUGAUUGUUCUGCUGAUUCGUAUCCUCCCAACACCUACUCCUGGAUCCAGAGGACUGACAAUACAACAUAUGUCAUUAAGCAUGGGCCCCGCUUGGAAGUUGCAUCUGAGAAAGUGGCGCAGAAGACAACUGACUAUGUGUGCUAUGCUUACAACAAUGUGACUGGAAGGCAAGAUGAAACUCAUUUCACCGUCAUCAUCACUUCUGUAGGCCUGGAGAAGCUUGCACAAAAAGGGAAAUCACUGCCCCCUUUAGCAAGCAUAACCGCAAUAUCACUCUUUUUGAUUAUAUCCAUGUGUUUUCUUCUCCUAUGGAAAAAAUAUCAACCCCACAAAGUUAUAAAACAGAAGCUAGAAGGCAGGCCAGAAACAGAAUACAGAAAAGCACGAACAUUUUCAGGCCAUGAAGAUGCUUUGGAUGACUUCGGCAUAUAUGAAUUUGUUGCUUUUCCGGAUGCUUCUGGUGUUCCCAGGAUGCCCAGUAGGUCUGUUCCAGCCUCUGACGGUGUAGCAGGACAAGAUUUGCACUUUACGAUUUAUGAAGUUAUUCAGCACAUCCCUGCCCAACAGCAAGACCGUCUAGAGUAA